CACACAUGCUGUGCCUGCUCCGUCCCUCCCUCCACCUGGCGCUGUGGGAGCACCCAGGAGGCUGGGGCUGCGGGGUCGCGGUGCUGGUCCACCAUGGGCUCUGAAGCGGACGGUGGCGACCUGCCCAGGCUUUGACGCUGCUGCCCGGGGCUGCCAGGACACUGGGGCCGCAGGAAAGGGGACUGACUCGCCGGUCCCCAGUGACCUGACUGCGGAGGAGCGUCAGGAGCUGGAGAACAUCCGGCGGCGGAAGCAGGAACUGCUGGCCGACAUUCAGAGGCUGAAGGAUGAGAUAGCAGAAGUAGCUAAUGAAAUUGAAAACCUGGGAUCCACAGAAGAAAGGAAAAACAUGCAGAGGAACAAACAGGUAGCCAUGGGCAGGAAAAAAUUCAACAUGGACCCUAAGAAGGGGAUCCAGUUCUUAAUAGAGAACGAUCUGCUGAAGAACACUUGUGAGGACAUUGCCCAGUUCUUGUAUAAAGGCGAAGGGCUCAACAAGACGGCCAUUGGCGACUACCUGGGGGAGCGAGAUGAGUUCAACAUCCAGGUUCUUCAUGCGUUCGUGGGGUUACAUGAGUUCACUGACCUUAACCUUGUCCAGGCCUUACGGCAGUUCCUGUGGAGCUUCCGGCUGCCCGGAGAGGCCCAGAAGAUCGACCGGAUGAUGGAGGCGUUUGCCCAGAGAUACUGCCAGUGCAACAGCGGCGUCUUCCAGUCCACGGACACGUGUUACGUCCUGUCGUUUGCCAUCAUCAUGCUCAACACCAGCCUGCACAACCCCAACGUCAAAGACAAGCCCACAGUGGAGCGGUUCAUCGCCAUGAACCGCGGCAUCAACGACGGCGGCGACCUGCCCGAGGAGCUGCUCCGGAAUCUGUAUGAGAGCAUAAAAAACGAGCCCUUUAAGAUCCCAGAAGAUGAUGGGAAUGACCUCACUCACACUUUCUUCAAUCCAGACCGCGAAGGCUGGCUGUUGAAACUCGGAGGUGGCAGGGUGAAGACCUGGAAAAGACGCUGGUUCAUUCUGACUGAUAACUGCCUUUACUACUUUGAAUAUACAACGGACAAGGAGCCCCGUGGCAUCAUCCCCUUAGAGAACCUGAGCAUCCGGGAGCUGGAGGACUCCAAAAAGCCAAACUGCUUCGAGCUUUACAUCCCCGACAACAAAGACCAAGUGAUCAAGGCGUGCAAGACGGAGGCCGACGGGCGCGUGGUGGAGGGCAACCACACCGUGUACCGGAUCUCCGCGCCGACGCCCGAGGAGAAAGAAGAGUGGAUCAAGUGCAUCAAAGCGGCCAUCAGCAGGGACCCUUUCUACGAGAUGCUGGCGGCUCGGAAGAAGAAGGUGUCCUCCACGAAAAGGCACUGAGUCUGCAGCGGGCCGUCUGUUCCCGCGCCUCCCACGUCGGCGGGGCGGGUGCCGAGCAGGAACGCCUUGCGGGGCACGCCCUGAGUUCUAGAGACUCGCUUCAGCUUUUGCUAUUUUUUUCUAAGUGGGAGGAGGGUAGCAGUUAGCGCUGGGAAGAGGGACCCGAUGCCUGUCCAGCAGGGGCUUUGAGCCUCUCUCUGAAGAGAACGGAGCUCAUGUCAGCAAGGCCGCCUCGUCGCAGGCCCUGUGGCAGGACUCGGGGCCGACAGUUGCCUCCCAGUUAUUUCCGUGAAGAAGCCUUCUUCCUGCUCUGUGAGUUUCCAUUAGGAUAUACUGUUACAUGUUCAGAAAAGGUGGAAUGGGAGUGAAGCCACGGGCUCGAAAGAUAUAUUUUUGUUUUCUAAAAAGAGAAAAAGUAAAGUAGAGCUGUUCCGAUGCGCUCUGCCCCGUAUGGCUGGGAGAGCUCCUCCCUGGGCAGCUGCUAAGGGGCGUCAGCCCCGGGUCCAGGGGGGCAGGCCGCUUCCUUCACUUUGGGGAGCCGACGGGCACGCCAGAGGGUGGAGGAGGCGGCAUGGACUCGACAUGACACAGAGUCCGCCUGGGACCUGCGGCGGGCGGGCAGCUCCAGCUGAUGCUCUUCCUGUCCGAGUGCCCGGGACCACUGAGUGGAGAAGACAAGCAACUGGACACUUGCGUUGUUUUUUCUUUCAGAAUUGAUUCUUGUUGGGCUUUAAAAUAGGGAGUGAGCAUUUUUCCUUGAGCUAAAUGCCUAAUAACCAAAACUGUGAGGCCGGUGCCCCCAGCAGAGGCUCUGGGCGGCCUAACUGUUCUUAUUUGAUUUUCUUUCCUCCCGCAAACUCCAGUCCUCGUUUUAGAGGAAGGAGUCUUCCCCAAUCACCUUAGGGCUUCAGCGUUUUCUGCCUCUAACCUGGCCCUCACCUGGACUGCUCUCCAUGCAUUUUGUGGUGAGCCCCUCGCAGGGAAGUGGCCUUUACCUGCUCGGCGGGGGCAGGUGGAGGGGCGAGGGGUGACAAGGCCGGCCUCUCGCGUCGCUUUGCUUUCCCAUCGCACAACAGCGCGUGCAGCAGCCUCGCCCCUCCUAACCUACGAUGUGAAGGGAGCCUUCUCCUGCCGUUCUCUCAGGGACUCUCGGGCACUCCUGCCACUCAUCAGGGCCUGCGUGCCGGUCCAGCCGGAGCAGGGGGCUGCCCGGGCCAUCUCGGCCUGUCCCUCCAGUGGUCCAGGACCAGGCAGUGCCCAGUGCUGCCUCACGGAAGAGCUGGCGGUCUCCCCCGGGCAGCGGGGCCCCGGCUCCCCUGACACCUCUAAAGCAGGCUCACAUCUCUGGAAAUAGCUUUUGUAAAAGGGACUGGUGGAGGAGUGUUGGGGGGACUCUGGGGUCCCCCCUUCGUGCAGGUCCUACCUGGAGUGGCUUCGGGUACUUUUAUGCCAGAGCUCGUGAAGGUGACAGAGGAGGGUCCAGGCUGGAAACCUGAACUUUCUGGUCGGGAGAACCAGGGCGGUGCAGCCGAAGUCCAGGCGGCCUCGUGCCGGAGCCCUCCGCUGCCUGCAGGCGACCUGGACAGAGAGGCACCUGUCAGUAUUAGUAGUCUAUUUAUCAGAGGUGUACAUAAUCCAUGUAUAGUUUUUCUCCUUUUAGAUUAUUUUGUAUUUGUUUAAAAAAAGUUUUGUCAAAAUAUAUAAAGAAAUGACUGAAAGU